AUCAUCGAGGCGCGCCGGCGUCCAUUGUUAUAUGCGUACGGGGAAUAAUGGCGAUGUGCACAAUAUUACGAUGUGCUUCUGUUAGUUUGACCUCCUCUCUACCUCGACUCUCAAACAGAAUCGCUGUGACUCCAACUAGACUACUGGCGAGGACAUGCUAUAAAAGGUUCCUGAACACAACCACUCCAUUUCGCGCAGCACUUAAGUUCACAGACAAACACGAGUGGGUUCGUGUGGACAGUGGUGUGGCAACAGUGGGCAUUAGUAAUUUUGCUCAGGAGGCACUGGGGGACGUGGUCUACUGUGGUCUCCCUGAAGUUGGCACAAAGUUAUCACAGUCAGAUGAAUUCGGUACUCUGGAGAGUGUUAAAGCAGCGAGUGAGCUGUACUCUCCUCUAACGGGGGAGGUGACCGAUGUCAAUGAUGCCCUGGCGGACAACCCUGGACUGGUCAACAAGUCUUGUUAUAAAGAUGGCUGGCUGAUGAAGAUGACUCUAUCUGUUCCUGAGGAAUUAGAUGGACUGAUGGAUGAAGCUGCUUAUGAGAGAUACAUCAAAUCUAUAGAUGACUAGAGCGUUCUGCUGACCUGUUGCAUAUGGGGGAGAAUUUAAAAAGAAUCAAUUAAGAAAUGUUUAUUUCUUCAUCAAAUACAUUUGUUUGUAGUUGAUUUAGUUUAGAUAUUCUUCUAAAUAUAUUUUCCCUUCAAGCCACACCCAGCCAAUAGAGGGGACCACAUGGUCACAACAUUAUGCACUACGCUUGGAAAGCAACAAGCAGACCUGGUUGGAUUGAGCCAGUCAUUUUCUAGCCACAGAGAUUUGAAGAUCACGCACAGCCUAUGUAACAGUCUCAUCUCUUUUGUAGAUGUCACACUGUUUCUGUGAACGCUUGUCAUUGCUUGGAAUAAGCUAUUAAGUAUAAAUAAUACUUAAUAAGGACCGUUAUGAAAUCUGAUGAAAUCUUUGUUGGUUUUGAGGAAUCAUAAUUGAGUGAAAGUGAUUAACAUUAAUUAACAUCAUUAAAUGACUAUUUAAAAACUCU